GCACGCACCUUGCUCGUUAUCAAAAGCACAAAAGCAACAGAGAAGAAGUGAAGGGGUAGCAGGACUUUCUUAAGCCAAAACAAAAGUAAAAUAACGACUAAUUUAUUUCUCUCUACUGCUGUCGAAUGUUUUGGUGGCAUGAACAGAAAACUAUAGCGGCGGCGAAAUGAUCGAGGCAGGACCAUUAACUAGUGAAAGCUAGCUGACGUUGAAUUUCUCUAAAGUUUACGGUGGUUGGCUAGCUGGUUAGCUAGCUACCUCCACGGCGCUGGCCUCCUCCUUAGGUCUGCAGGCCCCUGUCUACCCCUUCGUCUCACGUAUGCUCAACCGUGCCCCAGAAAGAUGGUGUCGUGGAUGAUCUCAAGAGCUGUUGUGCUCGUCUUCGGCACUCUCUACCCAGCCUACAACUCCUACAAGGCUGUUAAGACCAAGAACGUCAGGGAAUAUGUGCGAUGGAUGAUGUACUGGAUCGUCUUCGCUCUCUACACCGUGGUGGAGACCAUUGCGGACCUGACCGUGGCAUGGUUUCCUCUGUACUAUGAGCUGAAGAUAGCCUUUGUGAUCUGGCUGCUGUCCCCCUACACCAGAGGGGCCAGUCUGAUCUAUAGGAAGGUCCUCCACCCCAUGCUCUCCUCCAAAGAAAGGGAAAUCGAUGACUACAUUGUCCAAGCAAAAGAACGCAGCUACGAGACCAUGGUGAACUUCGGCAAGCAGGGCCUAAGUAUAGCAGCCACAGCAGCUGUGUCCGCAGCUGUCAAGGGCCAGGGAGCCAUCACUGAGAAACUGCGUAGCUUCAGCAUGCACGACCUGUCACAGAUCUCCCAGGGAGACCAGCCUGACUCCGGCCGCCGAGGACUUACCCAGCCAGACGGACCCGGUUCUCGCUCCAAAGGCCCCCUCACUCGCAGCCAGAGCACUCCAGGAGACUAUUACGAUUACGAGCAGGAUGACCGUACCGACGACGAUGAGCAAGAGCCUGUGUUCUCAGAGGACGAGGCGGUGACCCACAAAGGCGUCCGGCGAUCCCAAAGCGUCAAGAUCACGCGCUCCAGAUUACGCAAGGACGCGGCUCGGUAUGGCUCCCUGCGAAUCAAAACCAAGAAAAGACCUGCACUGAACCCCAACAACUAUGCAUCAUAGGGGCACCCCAGAGCACAACUACUGAUCUGGAGAGGCAUUGUCUUCUGUGUGUGUGUACAUGCACAUGUUUCAGCAUAUGCAAGAGUGUAUGUGUGUGUGGAUGUGUGUGUGUUCGUCUAUGUGUAUGUGUGUGUGUCCUCAUAGAAACCCCAUGUCAGUGUUUGAGUGUGAUCCUCUGCUCUGCGUUUAGAACUUCUUUAUCGGGUGGCGGGUUCCUCUCCUCUCCUCUCCUCUCCACACUGACAGACCCCCCCCACCUGUCGUUGCAAUACUUAGUGUGGCUAUUUAUUAUGAUCUUUUUUUAAUCAUCAUCAAUGAAACAUGUAUCAUGUGUUCAGACAGAGGAUAUCACGGGCAGAGAUUCUAAUGUAUGUAUUUUAAUUUUUAUUAGUAGACUUUUAAGAGUGUUUGUUUCGUUUGUUUGUUUGUUUUUUCUUAGAUUUUUAAAUAAAUCAUGCUUAAUGUCUGUUUCAUGAAUUGGAAGGAUUCAAGGUACGAACGUCUUUCUCAGUAGUGCAGUAUUUUUUAAAUGUUUGGGGGUUUUUUUGGUCAUUAUUCUAUGGAUGUGGGUCAGUUUUAUAUAUAUUUUGCUGUCUAUGUAAUAUGCUGCCUUGCAGACUAUGUGUUUCAAGGAAUUGUUUCAAAGACCAUCUUAAAUAUCAUCUUUUACUCUCGCUGGCACACUUGAAAGAGAACCUUCACCAGCUGACCAAAAGUGUCCCUUAGCCGCUACUUACAGUACGUGAGCAUAACAACCAAAGAUUCUAGAACAGAGCUCUGUUCUAGAAUCUUUGAUAAAAACCAAUAAGUCAAAAAAGGGAACGACAUUUUUAAUUGUGUGUGUGUGUGUGUUGGUGUGUGUUUGUGUGAAUGCAUUACUGGCUAGUCCAGGAUCCAAGAUGCUGUUUUUGGGGGGAAAAUAAACUGAAAAAAAAAAAACCUCUUUUGCACAUUGUGAAGUCGUCAUGGUUACUUCCCCCUUCAUCUCAUCGAAGCUGGCUGGUAUUGUCCUUAGAAGGCUCUCUUUUGCUCUCUACACCAAAGUCUCUUUCGCUCUCUUUCUCGGUCUCUCUCUUUCUCAUUCUCUCAAUUUCGCUCCCCCUCUUUUUUUAACCAGAAGCCCAGGCACCAGCAUGUGUGCACAUGUGAUUGGGUGGGUUAUAUUUUGCAUUCUUUGUACAGGAAUUGCAUUUUUGGUUUUGAAUAAAGUUUGAGAGAAAUAUUAA